AGUCGCUUGAAAGCCAACACCGCUGCAGCUUCAGCAGGCACGCCAUUUCGAGUCGAGAGUCGCAUUUGAAUUCGAGUGAACAUCCGCCUUUGCUAAUCGUGAGACGCGCGCUUUACCGUUAGCGCCUCCUGCACGUCCAACUCGUAUAGCUCUUUACAACGCCCUGCAAAUCCAGAACACACGCCUGAGGCAUUGCCGCCUUUUCGCGCUGAUUUGAACCGCUUUUGCACACUUCUGUGUUUAUAGUUUGCAUAUUUUUCGAAUAAUUUUUCGGUUCACACUCGUAUGUCUACGCAGACACGUCGCGCUUUCACGAAUUUCGUUCGCAAUCCUUGAACUACAGCAGCUGCAUUAAGUCAAGUUCAGUCCAUAAACUUAGAUCCAGACAACGGAAACAUAAAAAAAAAAAUACAAAUCCACAAUAAAAAGCAAAAAGAACUAAACAAAUCAAGCAACAACAAAUACAAAAUAAUAUAUAAAGUGAAAGUGCAACCAAGCGAGUUCAAAAGUAUUCGGUGCUAAGUUGGUCCCAACAAAAUAAAAGUGAAAUUAACCCACUGAGCGCCUUCACCGACAGUUGCAUGAGUAAUAGCGCCAUGGUGGCCGUCGCCAUUUGUUGCAUUCUGGUGCUGCUUGCAGUCUUCAUUGUGAUCAUCAUAGUGGUGGGCCAGACGAUGGGUGAACCUAAGUGAGAUAAGCUUCAACUGGGACCCGGCAAUUUCCCAGAUGGAUAACAAAGGCCCCCAAAUUGUUAGUUUAUGCCUAAACAAUUUGCCAAAGCCAACACCACCAUCAAUGUCAUUGCCACCGCCAUCAACACAACCACCCAACCAUGAGAGACAGAGAGAAAGAGAGCGUCCUACGGCGCCCUAGUGUCGAAGAGAGGGAGCGUCCCAUCGUCAGUACCAAUUGGCUGUGAUGUGAAAUUAUUAGCAUAAUCCAAGAAAAUUUUAACAAAAUUGUUUGUGCUUCAAACAUUUAUCAUCGCCCCAUCAUCACAUGCAUUCACGUUAAUAUCGACGUCGGAAAAAUAUAUUAAAUGAUAUAUACUAGAACCCAUGUGUGUUAAGUGUUGUUAUAUACAAAGAUAUACUCGUAUCAUGAUAUCUGUAACUCCCUCUCUCUAUAUAGUUAUAUGUAUAUGAAUUUAUGUGUAACCGAAACGUCAUAUGUCGCGUUUUUAUAAAAGUGUUGUUAACAAAUUUUUAUUGAUGUUUUAAUGAAGUUGAAUAAAUGUAUACACACGUAACA